UCCUAUUCGAUUCCCUAUCGCUGCGGCGCGGACCCAGGCUGAUCUUAACCUACAUCGUUCACGAACUUUAAAGCAACUCGAACGGUGAUUGGCAACAUACACGAUUAUUAAAGCAACUCGUAGGCACAACUUCGAUUUUGCGGUAGGCCGGCCCUUCGGCUCGGGAGGCGAACACGACAGAGACCAACGAAACCCCAGUAAAGAGAAAGAGGGGCGAGAGGAUACGGACAGAGAGAGAGAGAUGGGGGCGAAGCUUCGGUACGCGAUGGUGUGCUCCUCGAACCAGAACCGGAGCAUGGAGGCGCACGCGCUGUUGAAGCGGCAUGGGUUCGACGUGUCGUCCUACGGGACGGGGGCGCACGUCAAGCUCCCCGGCCCGUCGCUGCGGGAGCCCAACGUAUACGACUUCGGCACCCCCUACAAGUCCAUGCACGACGAACUCCGCCGCAAAGAUCCCGACUUGUAUAAGCGCAAUGGGAUACUGCCGAUGCUCAAGCGGAACCUCGGCGUCAAGAACGCGCCGCAGCGGUGGCAGGACAAUGCCGCAGAUGGCUGUUUCGACGUCGUCGUCACUUUCGAGGAGAAGGUCUUUAAUAUUGUCAUUGAAGACCUUAGUAAUCGGAAACAAGUGUUGAUAAGAAGUGUACUGCUCAUCAACUUGGAGGUUAAAGAUAAUCACGAAGAAGCUGCCACCGGUGGCAAGCUCACUUUGGAAUUAUGUCAAGAGCAAACAGGUUUAGAGCUUUGAGGUGUCAUUUGUUAGAUCAUGGGCACAACAGUCUGCUCUUUAUUGAAGUUCUCUUUCUCUUUUUCUUUGUUAUUUCCACUAUUGCGGCACAUUAACUGUAUCGACAGGUUCCAUGCCAAGAUGUAAUUUCUGCAUUGAACAAAAUUCCCUCAUACUUCAAGAACUUAAAACCAUAAAUUCAAUGCAAAACAAUCUUUUGAGUAGUGUCCACACAAAUAUUUAAUUAUCAAAUCACAUUUGCCUUGAUAAAGUGACUUGUCUUGACUGAUGUGCGCCUUAUGUAGUUUAAUACUUCUAAUCAGAUCAGGGUUCCCAUGACUUCUCUUUUCUUUGAAUACCCAUGUGGUUUAAUAUUCAAGGAACUAAUCUUACCUAACCUUCAACAGAUUUGUCCACUUGACAGAUCUGCAUUUACCUACGCACUUGAAUAGAAGGCGGGUGGUUCUUAACUUUGCAAUGCCUUCAAUUGAGUGUGGGUGCUGGGGAUCAAGGUUGAUCAAUAAGAACUGGCCAACACUCAACACACCACCAAGCCAAUUCUUAACAAUUUGUUUACCUCAAAAGGAAAAGGGAAGCAAAGAACAUUGAUGGCUAUCACCUAUAGCAAUUCGACUAGGGGAAGGAGAAGGAGAAUACGAAGGAGAAAAGACAAAAAAAAAAACCUAUGAACUGCAAUGUUGACUAUAAAUUGGGAAGGAACCACUUUCAACGCUUGUGGCCACCACCAUGUGAAACAAAAAGGAAAUGACAAUGAGAGAGGGGAUAGGAGUGAUGAGAACAGCUCCUAGCCUCAUGAAGGGAUAGGAAUGCUAUGACAUAAAACAUGACAGGAAAAGGGAAAUGCUACAUUUGAGCAAUUUCACUGUAGAGUUCUUUUUAUUUGAUAUUGCAUUAGCUAAUAUUUCAGAGCAAUGUUUCAAUUUUCGUUUUGAAGCUCAUAUCGGUCAGGCCGUCUGAUACUUAAUGGUAGGCUUCAAUUUUCAGUCUGAGACCCAUAUAGGUCCCUGGCUAAUUGAUAUGGGUUUGGUACAUACCAGCAUAUUAGCACAUGGUAUGCCAACGGACAAAUCUACACGGUCCAAAUAGAAAGAGGGAGAGAAGAGUGGAGGAGGACGCUUGAAAUCUAGUUUUUCAAAUCUAAAAGAAAACUAAGUAACACUCUGUUGCAAAAGAAGACUUGAAAAUAAACCUGUUGUUGAUAGUUGUGGCUGUUCAGAACUCCAAAUUAAAGAAAAAAAUAUAAAAAAUAACUUUGUUUUGAAUUGGACAUGGCAAAAUCACUUUGUCUAGUUGCUGGUCUGAUCCAGUUGUCGGUCCUUGGUCGAUAAAUUCCAAUUUGUACAUAUUGGUUCGGCUGAUUUUCUUUCAUACUUCAUAGUGAUGGAGAUCAUUGAGGCCACAUGGGGGUCAUUGCUAUUUUUGAAAUUGUAGAUAAGUUUUUGGUUUUUGUAUGGCAUACAUAUAAAGGUUAUUUACUAUAAUAAUAUUUUUGUAUGAUAUCCUUUUAUCUUUUUUAUUUUAGUUCUUUUUUUAAGUUGAUCUUAUGGAAUGAAAGUGAAAAUGUCUUUUCACGUGUAUUUUAUUAGUUUCUGACAUUCACUUUCUGAUUUUUUGUAUUUUUUACUGUUUUUGUGAUUUUCACUAUGUUUGGAUUUUACAUUAUUUUCUCACCAAUUACAAUCUCAUUUAGGUGUUCUUCGUAUCUCACCAUUCUUGGUCAUAUCACCCUUUGCAAAUCCCUAUCUUGAUUCCAUGAAGCUUGGGAUAUAGAUGGAUAAAGGAGUUGAGAAGUAGGGUAUAUAAGAUGGGGAGAUGUGUGCAAAGGAGUUGAGAAGCUAACAGUAACUUCUUCGAAUGUUUAAUAUUGCACAGACAUGUUUAAGGAGACUUGUAAAGGAGUUGAGAAGCUACCAGUCACUUUAGUGUUCCUCGAGCAACUUGGAUAUUAAGGAGACAUGUUUAAUUGGUCAAUUCAUUAUCUUUGUUAUCUUUUGUUUUUCAAGAAUGAAAUUGGACUAGUACUUCAUGCUAGGAGAGUCUUUAGAUGUUAAGGUUCUUGGAGAAAGGAGGUGGCUCAAUAGGGAUAGUGAAAAUGAAUCUCUCGAUAAAUCAUGUUGAGAUUUGGCUUGUUAUUUUAACUAGUAGACUGAUUUGGUCUUGAAUAAAGAAAAAACAGGCAGGAUAUCAUUUGAACAAAAAUGAAAUCUUUUCUUGUGUGUGUGUGUGUGUGUGGAGUGGCAUCUAUCAAACCACAUUUUAUUUGCUCUCUUUUCACAGAAUGUCAUACAUGGACAAAAUAACAAAUUCUAGAGAGCGACAACAAAUCAAUGUAUUUGUUAAAAAUAAAUACUUCAGUUAAGAAGAAGAGAAACAAAUGUUCUAAAGAAAUGUAGUGUGAAACUUGACUUCAUCAUGUUAUUUGCAGAAGAAUUCUUUUGGUCUGAAACAAGGAAAAGAUAAAUUAUACACUUUAAUUUCCCUUUCUGUCACUGAGUAUAACCAAGUUGAUCAAUUGCAAACUAAGCUCUCAUAAGUCAUCAGAGAAUUCAGAUGUGGAGAAAGACCAUUUUGAACAAUAAUAUGCCUGAAGAUAAGGCAAAACAUAUACAUAAUCAAUCCUUUAACAAUGUCCUCAUAUUUUGUUAUUUCAUGAUGUUAUGUGAAAACUGCCUUACCGUGCAUGUAAAUUUGCCUAUCGCAAGUUAUUUCAAUGAAAAAUGUCAUGUUUGUAUUAGACAUCCUGUUCUUUAAUUUUCUCUUAAUAUGAUAUCUCAUUCGUCAUUUACAACAGUGUCUAUACAGUAAAUCACUGUCAGAUUAAAUUUUUUAGUAUAUGUUAAUCUAUCUUUUUUGGUAAAAUCUCUAGUUCUUUGACAAUAUUUCAUGUCUGGCAUAAUGGCCACUGAGAUUACAGAGUAAAUAUAAAUAAUUUCCAAGCCUAGUUAGCUACUUGAUCUUUUGCUUAUAUCAGUGGGAAAAUACUGGUGGAUGGUUACUAUUAUCCUCUACAUAGUAAAGUGCGCCUACUAUUAAAAAUUAUGUGAAAUCUAAUUUUCAUUGUUUGUGAAUAUGAAAUGGACAUCUGCA